ACCACCAAACAGAGAGAGCAGAGAGGAAGGAAAAGCUGCAGAAAAGAUCCAAGAGGACAAAAUCUGGGAAAAAAAGAGAGAUGAUGCUUCCACAGCUGGUUCUGAUCACAGUCCUGGGGCUCACAUGGACUAAAGUAACUGGACUGCCUUGCACUCAGAUGUUUCCCUCUCAGCCGCCCCCUUCAAAUGUUAACAGCGUUAAGCCCUCAGACGUGGCGGUGCUUUCCUCCAUUGGACUUCACAUGCAGAGCACUGAGCUGACUACGGUGGUAUCGAGACUCACAGAGCUGAUGACACUGUUCAAUCCUGCACUCAUCAGUACUAUUUCAGAUGAAACAAACUUGUAUGCGCCUCAGUUUGUCCAACACAGCACGCUGGUGGAGCAGGCAAAGGAAGUGUCCCUCUCCCUCCAAAACAGUCAGGUCAUUGAUUUGGAUAGAGAUUGGAAGCUGGUCCUUCUCUUUGCUCAAGUGGAUCAGCUCUGUGCCUGUGAGCAGCAGCAGUUUCAGUCUGUUAUCAAAGCCGUGGUUGAAGAGGUGGAUGAUGCUCUGCAGCUGCUGCACUCUCAGCUGAAGCGAGCCAUCGUCAGUGUUGCAUUGUGGGAUGGAGAGCGUGACAAUUUCCACAACAAGAUGUGUCGAUGCAUGGAGAUAAAUAAUGAAGGAGAGGCCAGACUUCAGAGGGCCAUGCUGAGUCAUGCUCUGCAGGAGUCUUUGGAUGAGCUCAUGAUAAAGAGGCGUUGGUACAGUGACAGAGAGGACUUCACUGUCAUUGUGCAGGACACACCUUCCAUCACAGGCCCUUCUUCUGUCUCUAGUGGGGAGCCUCUCUCUGAGCCACAAGCUGCACAACAAGCUGAUAAACUGAUGGUGCAGAUGUGGACAAACUUGCUGCAGCCCAUAAGUGGCCAACAUAACACAGAAGACAAUGGAAAUAUCAUUGCAUUGCUAUGUCCAACUGAGGACCGACCCUUCCUGCGGACGGAGGGAAACUCUCCUUCAUAUCACCACAGUGAUGUCUCUCCCCUCCUCCUCCCAUUUACAGGCACAGUGAUGCCCUGUGAAGACCUCAGUCCCUCACCCUCCACACCCACCUCAGUCCAUGAACUCAGGCCUGCAGAUAUCAAAGUGGUGGCUGCUGUGGGAGACUCUCUGACAGCAGGGAACGGUAUCGCAUCCAGCCCCAAUAACGUCCUGGAUGUCCUGAAUCAGUACAGAGGUUUAUCCUGGAGUAUUGGUGGAGAUGAAAACCUCACAACUGUAACCACGCUGCCCAACAUCUUAAAACAUUUUAACCACAACCUGACGGGCUAUUCUGUUGGCAUGGGCAAGCAGCACACUCCUCAGGCUUUCCUCAACCAGGCUGUAGCAGGAGCUAAGAGCAAGGCCAUACUACCACAGGUGCAAGCCCUGGUGGCAAAGAUGAAGAAUGACUCUAGAAUCAAUUUUGAAUCCGAUUGGAAGGUGAUCACCGUUUUUAUUGGUGGAAAUGACGUCUGUGACCACUGCUACAACUCUCUGCUUUACUCUGAAGAUAAUUUUAUUCGUAAUGUUCGAGACAGCCUGGAUUAUCUGCACAAAGAGGUGCCCCGAGCUCUGGUGAAUUUAAUAGAGCCUCUCCAUAUAAUCCCUCUGAGAGAAAUGCACAUUGACUCUUCACUUAAAUGUCCAACUUGGCUGGUAAAUUUUCUGUGUCCUUGUGUUAUCUUGCCAAAGCCCGACUCUAAAGCUCUGCAAAUGGUGGAGGACAUCAAUAGAGGCUAUCAGCGUUUACUGCAUGAGCUUGUGGAGUCAAACCGGUACGACACUCGCUCAGACUUCACUGUGGUCGUCCAGCCUUUCUUCAGAAACAUCAUCGUCCCCAAACUGCCGGAUGGCCGUGCUGAUCGCUCCUUCUUCAGCGCUGACUGCUUCCACCUCAGCCAGAAGGCCCAGACGCUGAUGGCUCGCUCCCUCUGGAACAACAUGCUGGAACCUCUGGGCAAUAAGACUACACUCCAGGAUUUUUCUGCAGACAUUGACCUGAAGUGUCCAACCAAGACUUCACCAUACAUUCGGACCUUUAACAACAGCAAUUACAUGUAUGCUGGUCCUUCUCCAACACCAGGACCUAUCACAAACUGGGGGAGAGAUUUCUCCUGUGUGGACAUUGCUCCAUCUGACACUGUGCCAACUUCAGUUCACAAGCUGAGACCAGCAGACAUCAAGGUGGUGGCAGCACUGGGCGAUUCUUCCACGGCAGGCACAGGCGCUAAGGCAAAGAACCUGUUUAACCUCAAUAGAGACUACAGAGGAGUAUCAUGGAGCAUUGGAGGGGAUAAUACUCUGGAGACGGUCUCAACACUCCCAAACAUCUUGAAGAAGUUCAACCCUUCCUUAAAGGGCUUCUCCAAAGGCCAGGGCUCUAGACAGAAGGCCUUUAACGUUGCUGUACCUGGAGCUAAGACCUCAGAGAUCCCAGUACAAGUCCAAGCUCUCAUUAAGGCCAUGAGAGAACAUAAGGACGUGAAUUUUGAAAAGGACUGGAAACUUGUGACAAUAUUUAUUGGAGGAAACGAUCUUUGCAAUUACUGCUUAGACCAAAAUAAUCUGUCGCCCACGAACUACAGCCACAAUAUUAUGCUCAGUUUGGACAUGCUUUACCAAGAGGUACCGAGGCUGUUGGUUAAUCUUGUGGCAAUCUUGCAGAUAGAUCCAUUGAAAUCAGUUCAGAGGAACACACUAGGCUGUUCCCUCUUGCAGAGGACCAGCUGUCCCUGCGUUAUCAACCCCGUUGAAAACUCCCCGGAGUUUCAAGAGAUGAAACGAAUCAAUCGCGAGUAUCAGGCUGAGAUCCAACAUCUUAUUUCUGGAAAUCGCUAUGAUGGAAAAGAAGAUUUUGCUGUUGUCCUUCAACCCUUUUUACACAAUUCCUUCAUUCCUCGUAUUGGAGAGGGUGAGGUUGACACAAGUUUCUUCUCUGUGGACUGUUUCCACAUAAGUGAGCGAGCUCAUGCUGAGAUGGCCGUUGCCUUGUGGAAUAACAUGUUGGAGCCCAUAGACAGGAAGCAGACCUACAACAACUUCACAUAUGACCGCUCCAAGAUUCAUUGUCCCUCUGAGGCCAAUCCCUUCAUCUUCACUAAGAUCAACAGCCUACCAAGUCCACCAGUAACCACCACCACCACAACAGCUUCCACAGUCACCACUACUACCACCAGCUCCAGUCAUGUACCAAAGUGUCCUUCCUCUAUGCCCGUGUGGGUGCCAGUGAUUGUGGGAAUUGUCAGUUUACUGGCUGGCAUAUGUGUUGCUUGGUUGAUUGUCACCAACUGUCAGCAUCGUAAAAGUAAAGUGGAGAAAGCAGUAGAAAUGAAAGGAACUGUUUUUUGAUACAGUUGUUGUUAUCAAGCUGCAUUUAAGCCUUAAAGCUGCAUCAAGCACCUUUUUACCACUAGAAGGCAGAGAGUAGACUCCUACACUCUUACCUUGAAUAGUUCUUGACUAUUAACAUCGGAGAAACCCACGCUGCCACAGGGAGAACAUGCAAACUCCACUCAGAAGGGCCGUCCAUCUAACCCUUGCCCAUCCUGCUAGUCGACAGUGCUAGCCACCAAACCACCGUUCAGCAGAAAUUGUGACAUAUCCCAUAUGUAAUAGACUGACCUUGUUGAAUCCAGAUGUUUUGUACAUUUAUGUUCUCAUUUGUAUUUAUUGACAGAAUAAAAUCUCUCCAAUUUUGGAGACAUGGUUGAUUGACUUUUUAAACAAUAGCAUUUUACCUACUAAUGUUUUGUAAUCGCUGUAGUCUCUUGAUUGAUUUUUUUUUAGGCAUGCUAGCUGCAUGGCUUAAGGGAUUUGGUCCAGACUAAAAUGACACUUGUAUCCCAAUUGUUUUGGUGAUACCAUAUUUGUUGUUUUUAAGUUUGAAUCAUACAUGCCAGUUCUGCCUCUUUUCUGGGCUUGUGUUCCUGACCCGUCGACUGCAGCCAUCCUGUGCCGUCUAAUGUGCUCUGCAGGCUCAACCAGCGGUGCGGAAGAUUUGUUGUUGUUGUUGUUGUUGAGAGAGAGAGAGAGAGAGAGAGAGAGAGAGAGAGAGAGAGAGAGAGAGAGAGACGAGGAACUACGGUCCAAGCUGAACCUCCACCAAGAAGACUGCCAUGUCCAAAGAUUACCAGAGAAAGCCGAAGCAACUGCCCCAGAGGGAGAGAUGUUAAAAUGCGAUUCAAACGACCUGCUAUCAUCCUCCAAGAUGCAGAGAUGCCCGAAGAGAAACUGCGGCCACUUCAUACAGCUUAACCUCUGCCCAUCAGAGCUGGUGAAAACAUGAUAUUUCCAGAUGUGAAUGAGUUUGAUGUUUCUAGGCUAAAUACAUUUGAAGUAAGUUAAUAAAAUAAUAAGUUAACCUCAGAUAGAUAAAUAGGUAAUAUAACUAAAAACUAAUAAUAUAACUAUGAAAUUGCUUUACAUUCUUCCCUGGUGCUUCUCAAACUCUCAAGUGCUGAACGGUGCAUACAUCUUUUGAACUAAAUUAUUAUAUAAACAUCAAACAACAAAUUUAAUUAAUAAACUUUAAUCAAUGAUAUCAGUCACUGUUGGGUCACAUGGAAUCCUUUUCAUUUA